GAGAAUGGGCCACUCUUCUCCGGGGCCAGCCUCUGCGCAGCACAGGGACUGAGAAGAGCUCUGCAGCUAGUCCUGCGCCGGGGCCUGACGGAGCUGCCUGCACCAUGAAAGACGAAGUGGCCCUCCUGGCCACCGUCACCCUCCUGGGAGUCCUGCUGCAAGCCUACUUCUCCCUGCGGGUGAUCUCGGCACGCAGGGCCUUCCGCGUGGCGCCACCGCUCACCACCGGCCCGCCCGAGUUCGAGCGCGUCUACCGAGCACAAGUGAACUGCAGCGAGUACUUCCCGCUGUUCCUCGCCACGCUCUGGGUCGCCGGCAUCUUCUUUCACGAAGGUGCGGCGGCCCUGUGCGGUCUGGUCUACCUGUUCGCGCGCCUCCGCUACUUUCAGGGCUACUCGCUGUCGGUGCAGCAAAGAGGGCGUGGCCUCCUAUCGCUCCGCCCCCGCCGAGCCCCGCCCGUAGGCUUGCCCCGCUGUACGCGAGCGCGCGAGCGCUCUGGCUGCUUGUGGUGCUGGCGGCGCUCGGCCUGCUCGCCCACUUCCUCCCGGCCGCGCUGCGCUCCGCGCUACUCGGACAGCUCCGGACGCUACUGCCCAGGGCCUGAGACCCAGGACGCCCAGUCGGCAGAGCGGGAGAAGAGCCGGAGCCUCCCGGAGGAUGGGGGAGGGGUGCUGGCCCCCGUCCCAGUGUCCAAUUAAAAGUGACCGUGACCGGA